UUACAUAGAAACCCUAGAUUUCUAGGGUUUAGAGAUUUCAUCAAGAAAUCUCCUCUCUCGUUGCCGCCAAAAGAGAGCAAGAGAGAGAUGGGAGGAAAGUGCCCGCACCGCAAAGUGAAGAAGAGGAGAUUCUCUCACAAGACCGCUCGAAGAUCCAAAUUCAUGUUAAAAGGUGACGAUGCGGUUUACGAUGAGCUAGUGAAGCUGGCUGAAGAGAGCAAAUCCAAACCCUUGCCGCUUGAUGAGGAUCUCCCUGGAAUGGGUCAAUUCUAUUGCCUCCAUUGCGAUCGGUAUUUUGCUAGCGAGGCUGUGAUGGUAGAGCACAAUGGAUCCAAGAGACACAGGAAGAGAGUUAAGCUGAUGAUGGGACCUGCACCACACACUCAGUUGGAUGCUGAACUAGCAGCUGGAAUGGGGAUGCCCGAUAAUGGCCCGAAGCUAAUGUCCACUUGAGCCUUUUGGCCUUCAGUUACUGUGAGGGAAUCCUACCUUAUUUAAGAAAGUGACAGUUUGUUUCUUUAUCACCCUAGUAUAGAGAUAUUUUCGAGUUUUACUGGACGGGAUAGUGAAGGUGUACUCUCCUAAAUUGUUUGAUUUUAUAUUCAGCAGUAAUGAUAUAAACUCUAUGAAAUUUGUAUUGCUAGU